ACUACAUCCAACCCGCUUCUUUAAGCGCCUUCUAUAUAAAUUCCUAAAAGAGUAAAAGGGUAAGAGCGCAAAAACGCCCAAAAUCAAAUAUUAACAAAAAAACCCCUCAUCAUCAACCUUUGUCUUUUGCUUAAAAAAUGGAUACUAUUUGGCAGGAACAGAAUCAUGGUGGCGGCGGUUUUCAGCUGCCGGAGAGUCCUAGGAGGCCGAUGGAGUUCUUGUCGAGAUCAUGGAGUGCUGCUGCUCUCCAGGUCUCUAAAACUCUACACUCUCCGCUCUCUCCAUUGAUUCCAAAAUCUGGUAUCAAUACUGAUAAUACCGGUGCAAAUUCUGUUGCCGCCGCGGCGGAAAACAACAACCGUUUCUCCGGUGUCGAGGCAGCGGAGGAGUCAGCUGCAGCCGCAUUACUGUCUGGAAACACGUUCUCGUUUGCGUCCUCCGCCACUUCGCAGCUAGUGCUCGAACGCAUCAUGUCUCAGUCCGAUAUAUCGCCAUUAGCAUCAGGGAGGCUGUCACACAGCAGUGGACCUUUAAAUGCGACGUUGACGGAGGAAACCGAUAGCCCUCCGAUCUCCCCUUCCGAUGACUACGACGAUGUCGUCAAGUAUCUUCGAGCAAACAACUCGUUACAACCCCUGUUUGCCAACGCACGUAGCGGUGGUUACACAGGCGGCAGCAGCACCCCUGCCGGGAAAACAGUCGGAAGGUGGUUAAAAGAGCGGCGAGAGAAGAAAAAGGAAGAGACCAGAGCUCACAACGCGCAACUUCACGCAGCGGUUUCUGUUGCCGGCGUGGCGGCAGCUGUGGCCACCAUCGCAGCUGCCACCGCCGCAGCUUCUGCCUCCAGGAAAGAUGAGCAAAUGGCGAAAACAGACAUGGCGGUGGCCUCUGCCGCCACCUUGGUUGCUGCCCAAUGCGUGGAGGCCGCCGAAGCCAUGGGAGCUGAACGUGAACAUCUUAUCGCGGCUGUUAAUUCCGCUGUUAAUGUCAAGUCCCAUGGUGAUAUAUUAACCCUCACUGCCGCAGCUGCCACAGCUUUACGUGGUGCGGCGACUUUGAAGGCACGUGCGUUGAAGGAAGUAUGGAAUAUAGCAGCGGUUAUUCCGGUUGAUAGAGGAGUGAAAGAAAGCAAAAGCCAUGGAAAGAGUAGUGGAUACUGUGAAGAGCUUCUUCCGGAAGAAAAUUUUCUAGGCAUUUGUAACCAAGAACUUCUUGCUCGUGGUAGCGAGCUUCUUAAACGUACACGUAAUGGUGAUCUUCAUUGGAAAAUUGUAUCUGUUUAUAUCCAUCGAACGGGUGAAGUAAUGCUAAAGAUGAAGAGCAAACACGUUGGCUCUACGAUCACGAAAAAGAAGAAAAAUGUUGUUUUGGAGGUUUGCAAAAACAUGCCAGCGUGGCCAGGGAGGCACCUAUUUGAAGGCAGUGAGCAACGGCGUUACUUUGGGCUGAGGACAACCAUUCGUGGAGUAGUGGAGUUUGAGUGCAGGAACCAAAGAGAAUACGACAUGUGGACUCAGGGUGUGUCACGUCUUUUGUCAAUUGUGGCUGAAAAGAAGCUCUCUCGACGGCCAUAAGGUUUAAGCCUUUGAGGUUAGUUAGGGACACUGUCCUACUACUUAGUUUUGCUGCUUUGGACGACAAACAUUGUAAAGGUCUAUGUGUGUGGAAUGGAAUGGCUGCAAGGUUUAGGGAGUUUGUAAUGAUAGUUAUAGGCUUAUCUGAUAGGGGUGUGUAAUGAAUUUAAUGAUAUACGUUUGGUUGGUGUUGGUAGUUGAUAGUUAUCGAUACAUUUUCAUAAACCAAACAUACAUUGGCCUUGGGCCCUUGGCUACAAUAUAUAUAUAUAUAUAUAUAUUAUAAUAUUCUAUUCCUCCUAUUACAAUGAAGCAAGUCUUUUUCAACAAGUUCAUACCAAAUGUGUAUGUACUUUAUCUAUCAACGGCUCUGAGUAUAGUAAGCAAGGAAAGGAAAAGAUUGAUGAUGUCGAGGUACAAAGCCACAGCAGCCCAGAUAUAUUCAUCAUAUGAGUAUCGUUUAAUCAAAUUAUCGGUGUCAUAUACUAUGUAACCACAAAAGACUAUAGCAGAAACACCUGCAUAUAUCAUCACUCCAAUCUUUCCCAUUGGGAAAAAUAUCUGCAUAAUAAUUAAUGGUAAACCAUGUUUUUAAUUAGAAGUAAAACCCAAAAGUGUGUACGUUUAACAUGAGGGGGAGGGAGGAGUUACAGACCUGAAUGAUGGAGAAUACGAUAAGCACCAUAAGAGCACCAAAUAAGAAAGGACCCAAGAAAUUGAAGUCGGAUCCUCUCUUUGCCGCCCAAAAUGUGAAUAAAGUUAGACUCACAACCACCACAGCUGUUAGAAUCACUGAUUCCAGAAUAACCUUCCCUGCAAUUGUUUCACAUGAUUUUGAGUGUAUGUGUAUCUACUACAACAUAUCAACUGGUAAAAAGAAAUUCAAGUGUUUGAUUUCAACUCACCGCUAGUGAAAGCACAUGACAAGCCGAUACCAAAAGCAAGGGCGAUGGUGAAGAUCCCUAGCAGCACAUAAUUCACAGGAUGCCGCUGAUAAUAGCAAGACAAAGGACACAGAGCUGCACAACACAGCAACGCAAAACUCUUCAAUCGAUUACUCCAAAAAUCAAAUGAAAACAAAAAGUGAAGUAAUUAAACCACUUUGCUUUGAACUUACUUAUGAAAGGAGUAAUUAUGAUAAGAAUGUAACAAGCGAAUCCUCCUCUCGUGGUAGUGAGGAAAGUGACGAUCGGAUGAUAAGAGACGACAAUAGCACCAACAACGGCUGUAAGGAGUAGUUGUAUGGCGACAAUCGAGUAUAUCUUGCGGAUGAAAGACCACCGGAGAUCCGGUGACUCCACCAUCGUCGGAUACAACGGUUCACUUGACCCUGACUCCACGUCGGUUUCGGUUUUCCCGAAAGUUCGGUUCCACAUCUUGAGCAACUGCGUAUCAAAUUUCUUCAGUUUGAUUCAAAAUCACAACAUAAAAUGAGCAGUUCCUGUUUCAAAUGUACUGAAAUAAAGACGAAGACUGGAAGGGAAGGGGUAGGUACGAUUUGCGAAGAAGGCUUCUGAAAUGGAGCUAGAAGUUUCUGGCUGCUCGAAUGGCCGCCUCAAGUCAAGUACGACGCAAUUAAAAUUGAAAAUUAUAAGAUUAUGUUACAAAUUUGGUCCUUGUUUACUAUUUUUUGUUAGUGUAG